AUGUUUUCACACGUUGUGUCAGCCUUCAUUUUCACAGCAAUAGCUUCAGCUAUACCCCUGCACCUGCAUUCAGGAUGUAGAGACCUUUCGAUCCCCAUCACCGUCAACGUCCCGCGUUUCAUCGUCAAUGCCACGGUAAACGACAACUGGGACGCAAUCGCCUUAACGCUAGCUCUCACGAGGCGGGACCUGAGUGAAAACACAGACCCGCUACCCAUCGCUGGGAAUACGUCUGUACCUGUGGAGAGCAAGUUCAAGGUCGGGGCUACGCUAUGUGGAAAAGGGGGGCCGACCUUGGUUCUGACUCACGGUAUUCUUGAGUCUAAGCAAUAUUGGCAACCAACGUUCAAGGAUGCUGAGAAGUAUGACUUUGUUAAAGCUGCCAUCGCCGCUGGGUACUCCGUUCUCAGCUACGACCGUAUAGGUGUUGGGUCAUCCUCCAAGGUGGAUGCGUUAUCAGACGCUCAAUUUCAAGUAGAGGCGACUGUCCUUGAUUCGUUGGUAGACUAUGCGCGAUAUGCUAUGAACGCUACCAAAAUAGCGCUUGUAGGCCACAGCUGGUAUGUCUAA